GGAGAUCAAAUAGAAAACCACUGGUACGGAAUAUAUUGUGUGUGCAUUUAUUGAGAUAUACGAUGCUCAACUGCAGCAAAACGUGACACGGUCUGUAAAGUUCCAUAGCUGUAGUUAAAGGUAUUGACCACUUGUUAUCCAUGGUUACACCCAAAACCUGCCAACUCCCAAAAUCCAAAGGAAUAUGUGUUUUAUUCCCUUAAACCAAUCCACCCUUGCCUCUUCCAUCACAUUUUCUCUUUCUUCAGACCGCUUUGCUAGACCCUCAUAAAACGGUAUUUCCCAGAUGUCAGACGAUUUGCUGGUACCCGAAACGCGGGUGUUGGCCAUAGCAAGCCAUGUGGCGCAUGGAUUUGUCGGCAAUACGAUGGCGACAUUCGUCAUGCAGUCGUUGGGAUGCGAUGUCACGGCGAUAAAUACGGUCCAAUUUAGCAAUCACACCGGUUACGGACAGUUCAAAGGCACGAAAUCCACGGCACAGGAGAUUGCUGCUCUGUACGCAGGGCUGAAACAGAGCUUCCUGACCGAUUUCGAUGUCCUACUGUCCGGGUAUGCGCCCAGCGCCGCAGCUGUGGAGGCAGUUGGCGAAAUCGGCCUUGAUUUACGGCGCAGGUCCCGCACAAAGCCCGGGUCGUUCUUUUGGGUUCUUGAUCCGGUAAUGGGCGACCAAGGACAGCUCUACGUGAAUGAGGAUGUGGUGCCCGCGUAUAAGAAAAUAAUACCUCAUGCCGAUUUAAUAUUGCCAAACCAAUUCGAGGCAGAACUCCUGUCUGGUAUAAAAAUAACAUCUCCCUCUAACCUCGUGGACGCCAUCACCUCCCUCCAUCGUACCUACAACGUCCCACACAUUAUCAUAACCUCCGUGCAGCUCCCGUCAAUCACAUCCUCAACCACCUCAGCAGUAUCCAGCUCCACAGCAACAGAAAGCACUGACACACUGACCAUAAUCGGCUCUACCGCACGCUCUGACGGAAGCCCGCGCCUCUUCAAAGUGGAAGUCCCCCGUCUGGACUGCUUCUUCAGCGGCACGGGUGACAUGUUUGCUGCACUUACUGUUGCACGAUUACGUGAAGCCGUAUUUGCGGCUGACGCGGACGCGGAGGCUGAUGCGAUAGCUUGCCGAAGCGCAUACCCCUUUGGCCCCGCCACCACCACCACCACAUCCCAAAAGAGUUUUCUCGAAGUGCCAUCAGCCGGGCUCCGACCUAGAUCUUCUACCACAUGCUCCUUCUACUCGCUCCUCCGCAAUGCCCCGUCCUGGCAAUCUCCCGAUUUCGUUCCUGCCAACGAGCUACCCCUCGCCCAAUCCACUGUCAAAGCCCUCGCCAGCAUGCACUGCAUCCUGGAAAAUACCAUGGACGCGAGAAUGGACGAGUUGGCACAGUAUCCGCCAGAUGAUGACGAGGUGUCUUGUUUGCAGGAUGCGAUUGAGUUUGCGGGGCUGUCGGAGGCGGCGCGGCGUGAAGCCCGAGAGAAGAGGGCGCAUCUAAGGAAGACGAAGGCGGCGGAGAUACGGCUUGUGAGGAACGUAGAAUUGCUGAAAAACCCCCAGGGGGUGGAAUUUGUGGCGGAGGAGUUCAAAGUGUGA